GUUUCAUAAACAUUUUCGCGCCUUCGCCGUAAUCAGUAUUGCGGUUUAAUCGUUGCAUCAAACUAUAUACAUUUAAGCUAAUAGUGGGUCACUGAUGAUGGCUGUGAUGCACGAGAUUGUCCCAAUUUUGUGACACUGAGAAUUAUCAAAACUUGUGGUUACCAAAUUUCAUGUGUGCCAUAUAUAAACAAUUUUUCGGCUAUAAAAACAAGCUUAGUGGCAGUUGGAUUUCCAUAUCUAGCUGGUUCUCAAAAUUGAUCACAGUUAGUGUUUGAGUGAUUACUUAUCGUUUAGAAUGGCCACUGGGAAUCGUAAAUUGCUUGCACUAUUGCAGCGCCCUUUGGAACCGACAUUCUACCCCAAGGACGAUGGCAAGACGGUGAUCGAUUUACCGGAAAACUAUCUCACCGAGCGUUAUAGACCAAUAGGGGCGAACAUUCAGAACCGUUUUGGAAACGACGCAGACACCCGGAUUCCCGUCCGCAAUGUUGCAACGCCUAAUAUAGGGUUUGCUGAGGCGAUUCCUCGCCGUAGUGGAUUUUCUUUGUUCAACCAAAAUCAUCGUCGGGUUGCCGGAGAGCUGAUCACACUGUUCGUGAACCAGCCGGAUGUGGAAUCAUUGAUGUCGGUGGCUACUUACACGCGUGAUCGAGUUAAUCCAAUUUUGUUCCAAUAUGCACUGGCAGUUGCUAUCCAGCAUAGGCCGGAUACGAAGGAUUUGAACAUUCCGUCAUUCCUAGAGCUGUUUCCUGAUUCGUUCGUUGACCCCUCUGUUUUUCCUAAGCUGCGUGAAGAAGGUUCUGUAGUUCAACAAGAGAGUCGAAUGACAAUUGACAUCCCAAUGAACUAUACUGCUUCGGAACGUGAAGAGGAGCAACGGCUGGCAUUCUUCCGAGAGGACAUAGGAGUUAAUCUUCACCAUUGGCACUGGCAUUUGGUGUACCCAGGGGAUGGACCCGAUGCAGUUGUACGCAAAAAUCGUCGUGGAGAGUUGUUCUACUACAUGCAUCAACAACUGAUUGCCCGCUACAAUGUGGAACGAUUCUGCGCACGCCUUUCCCGAGUCCGACCAUUGAACAAUCUACGCGUACCUCUUCCGGAAGGAUAUUUCCCAAAGAUAAUCAGGAGUUUGAAUAAUCGGGCAUUUCCACCUCGUCCGCAGAAUCAGUUGUUGAGCGAUGUUAAUCGAGUGGAUGACCAAGUGACCUUCACUCUCACGGACUUGGAAAAUUGGGAAAAGCGCAUCACAGACAGCAUUGAUGCUGGAUUUGUCAUGGGAACCAACGGUGAACGUAUUCCAUUGACAGAACAAGCGGGAACUGAUUUGCUGGGCGAUAUCAUGGAGCCGUCGUCGCUUUCAGUAAACCCUCAGUACUAUGGAAGCUAUCAUGGAGAUUUACAUAACGUCAUUGCCUACAGCCACGAUCCUGAAGGUCGUUUCUUGGAAGGCUUUGGGGUUCUCGGAGAAUUCGAAACGGCUAUGAGGGAUCCAGGGUUUUACCGUUUGCACGCUCAAAUUGACAACUUAUUCCAUCGUCAUAAAAAUACCUUGCAACCGUACGCAGCCAAUCAACUCAACUAUAAUGGUGUUCAGAUACAGUCACUUGGGGUUCAAUUGAACCGAGCCAAUGCUCCUGCUAAUAUUUUGCUAACAUACUGGCAACGCUCGCAGGUAGAUUUGGCCACAGGAUUAGAUUUUGGACCACAAGGAAAUGUAUUUGCUUCCUUCACUCAUCUACAACAUGCUCCAUUCACUUUCCGUCUGACCGUCAACAACUCUGGUGCAAGGCGUCGUGGAACUUGCCGAAUUUUCAUUGGCCCGAAGAGUGAUGAACGUAAUAUUCCACUUACCUAUCAGGAACAGCGUAUUCUAAUGGUUGAACUGGAUAAAUUCAAUGUUACAUUGAACCCUGGCAGCAACACGAUUGUCCGUCGCUCGGAACAAUCCAGCGUUACAAUCCCGUAUGAACGAACUUUCCGCUCGGUAGCCCUUUCCAAUCAACCAACUGGUGCCGAACAGUUCCGUUUUUGCAACUGUGGAUGGCCAUCGCAUCUCUUGAUCCCGAAAGGUACUGUCGAAGGAAUGACCUUCGAUCUGUUUGCAAUGAUCUCUGACUACAACGACGACACAGUCAAUCAGGAGUUCGAUGAGAAUGUCGACUGUAAUGAUUCGCAUUCGUUCUGCGGCCUUCGUGAUCGUUUGUACCCGGAUCGUCGUGCAAUGGGUUAUCCAUUUGAUCGGCGUGCUGCAAAAUCCAUCGGUAGCCUGGCGGAUUUCGUUAGCUCGAAUAGUAACAUGGCUCUCUCGAACGUGCAGAUCCGUUUCACUAAUACUGUUAUAGCGAGAACCUGAUCGAUUGCGGAUAAUUAAUGGAAUGAUAAUUUUUGAUUGUUCAUACCUUUCUCAUGCAUUUUAAUAAAUUUUGAAGCCGUAUACGUUACGACAA